UUCUUACAUAUCUUCUGCGACCUACCCCGCUAGAGGGUCUGAAACUGACUGUGCCUGAUUACCCACGCAUAGGAUCCUGGACUAUACGAUCAUUCCUAAAGAUAGUACACCACUCGGUUGUAUGGGUUUCUCUACUCAACCGCAAUUACAGAACUGGAAUUGGAUGGACUGCAGCCUCGUUGUCAAUUAGUGACACUGCCAUGCAGACUAUGCGGGCAACAUGUCGCAUCUCCUGCAUAUGCGGGAAUGCUGCGCAAGAGGUUGCUCUAGGACCGUCUUUGAACCAUUCGAGUCUCAACUUGUGUCAUUGCACCACCUGCAGGUCAAUCACGGGGGUCCUUUGCUCCUCAUACUAUCUCCUACAGUCCCCCCCGACCCACCAAGAGGGACUCGUCGCGUAUCAACACUCUGGAUGCACUACUCGAUAUUUCUGUAGAGCCUGCGGCGCCCAUGUUUUUGCGUAUGUGAAACCUACGGAGCAAUAUUUCGUUGCUGCGGGAUUGCUGGAGCGCCCACCCGAGACCAAGUCGAUCCGACAUUGGGGCACUGACGAUACUGGAGACGGCGGACUGGCAGCUGUGUGCCAUGCGGAGGUGGCGUAUCCAACGAACUCUUGUUGGCUUGACGCUUCUUUGGAUCCUUCCAAACAGGCUGGUGAAUCGAGACCGAAGCGGUCUGCACAGGACCGACGAGAGUUGCCAGUCCGGUGUUUUUGCACAGGCAUUGACCUGCGGAUCACCCCCCCAGAUGCCUCCUCUACCGAAGCAUCCUCCCCAUGGCCAGAUCUGUUGGUUCCUUACCAUAGCGGAUCCUCUGCGAAUGCGACCGAUGCGAAGUGGUGGCUCCGCGACGGGAACACUCGGUACCUGGCAGGUUGCUGCGCCUGCCGCACGUGUCGCCUAGCCAGCGGGUUUCCCAUCCAGUCAUGGGCGUUUGUCCCCAUAUCUAACAUCCGCAAUGCAGAUGGAUCACCGCACCCUCUUGGCACAGGCACCAUGCAGCGAUAUGAAAGCUCUCCGGGCAUCUACCGGGAAUUCUGCCACCGCUGCGGGGCGACGGUGUUCUGGCAUUGCGACGAACGACCCCGCGUUCUGGACGUAAGCGUCGGCCUGCUUCAGGCCGGCAGCGGAGCCAUGGCCGAAGAAUGGGUGGCAUGGGCCACCGGGAGGGUCAGUUUCGAGGAGAUGGCCUUGGAUCGGACCCUGAUGCAGCAUUUGACGGCUGGAUUACAGGAAUGGGGCCCGGGGCAGAUUGUUCGAGAGCGACAACCUGGUGCUUGAAACCGCCGGGACAGGACCAAUAGAGUACAUGCAGUAGUAUAUGGACCUGCUUUCGUUCAA